AUCAUGGCGUCUUACAGUAAACUGACAGCUCUGUUUUCCAUUCAGAGCCAGUUAGAUUGCGCUUUGGACGACGCGACGACCGAAGAAGAGAAAGAAAAUCUCGUACAUCAGUAUUUGAAGAAAGUAGACGAGAAAGAUGAUUUGAUUAUCCCGGAUUUUGAAGAAGGACUGGAAUGGCUGAACACAGACGGCCCUCUGUCAUUCAAGAAGGAGUUGUUAGGCAAAGUGGUGAUGCUAGACUUCUUCACAUAUUGCUGCAUAAACUGCAUGCACCUGCUUCCUGAUCUACACCAGCUGGAGCAGAGUCACUCAGUAGAAGAUGGUCUGGUCAUGGUAGGUGUUCACUCUGCUAAAUUCCCCAACGAAAAAGUCUUGGAGAAUGUUCGCAGCGCAGUCUUAAGAUAUGACAUCACCCAUCCCGUAGUGAACGACAGCGAUGCUCGUCUGUGGCAGGAACUGGAUGUGUCCUGUUGGCCCACGCUAGUGCUGCUGGGACCCCGGGGCAAUUUGCUUUUCUCCCUGGUGGGCGAGGGUCAUCGGGAACGACUCUUCCUUUUUACUGCGGCGGCUCUCAAGCACUACAGAGAAAAGGGUCUUUUGAAGAAGCACAGUGUGGGAAUCAAACUGUAUAAAGACUCCCUGCUCCCUUCCAUCCUCUCCUUCCCUGGGAAAAUAGCCAUGGACCCCAGCAGUAAGCGGAUGGCGAUCGCAGACACAGGACACCACAGGAUACUGGUGGUCUCCAAUACUGGGCAGGUGCUACAUUCUGUAGGGGGUCCCACAAGUGGACAGCGAGAUGGAAAUUUGUCCAAGGCCCAGUUCAGUUCUCCACAGGGGGUCUUCAUGGAGGGAGACACGGUUUACGUGGCCGACACAGAGAACCACCUUAUUAGAAAGAUCGACCUUUUAGAGAAAAACGUCUCGACUUUAGCUGGCAUCGGGGAGCAAGGCACUGAUAAAGAAGGCGGAGCGUUGGGACUUCAACAGCCAAUCAGCUCUCCCUGGGACGUUACCCUAGGCAACGCAGGUGAUCUGUUGUGGGUAGCCAUGGCGGGAACGCAUCAGAUCUGGGCUCUCUUCCUGGAGGACGGAAAGCUUCCCAAGGGGAGUGACUGCAGAAAGGGAACGUGUGUGCGCUUUGCAGGCAGUGGGAACGAGGAGAACAGAAAUAACGCGUACCCUCAUAAAGCGGGUCUGGCGCAGCCGUCGGGCCUGGCUUUAGCCCCAACGGAGCCUUGGGAGUGCCUGUUUAUCGCGGACAGUGAGAGCAGCACCAUUCGGAGCGUCUCUCUGAAGGACGGAGCAGUCAAACAUGUGGUGGGGGGAGAAAGAGACCCUCUGAACCUGUUUGCAUUUGGAGACAUUGAUGGCAAGGGUAUAGAUGCCAAAUUGCAGCAUCCAUUAGGAGUGUCUUGGGAUGAUGGCAACAACCUCCUUUAUGUGGCCGAUUCUUACAACCACAAGAUAAAAGUGGUGGAUCCAAAGACUAAGCAGUGCAGGGUUCUGGCAGGCACUGGGAAGGCUGGGAAUGAACUCGGUCCAAAUUUCCUGGAGUCCAGUUUCAAUGAACCUGGAGGCUUGUGCCUUGAUAAAGGGCGGAAGCUUCUGUAUGUGGCAGACACCAACAACCAUUGCAUCAAAGUCCUGGACCUUGAGGCCAAAACGGUCUCCAUGUUUCCCAUUGUAGGGGAGUCAGCAGUUGACACAAUCCCCACCAGCACACCUCUGGUAAAAAAGGUUCCCAGGCUUCCCAAAUCGGCCCCGAUCCUUACCAUGCCAUCUGUUGUGGUGUCUGCAGGACAUUCUGUCACUCUUUUACUGAAACUGGCACUUCCAGCUGGAACCAAACUGACUGAAGAAGCUCCCAGUUUCUGGAGCCUAUCUGCAGAAGGUAAUGAGUGGUUACUGGAAGGUCACAAUGUGACCGGGAACAUCCGGCAUCUCUCCGAACCCAUCUCUAUCGUCACAUCAAUCCCAGCAGCCCCUCUGUCCCCAAACCCCACGCUGACGCUUGAUGCCUGGAUUUACUGCUGCCUUUCAGGGGGCGGGGCUUGUAUGAUGAAGGCGGUGUCCUUCAGACAGCCUCUCUUAAUUGGCUCUGCCUCCCAUGAAGGCUCCGUUAUUGUGACGCUUGAGCAUGCUUUUUAGAACAACCUUGUUGUCCUCCAGGUUUUUGGGUUGAGUCUUGAGCACAUUUAAUUUCAUUAUUGAACAAUGCCGUAUAGCUAACAAAUACUGUUAUAAUUGAGAUUGAAUUGAUUAUAUAUAAAUUGAAAUCAUGUUCAUCAUGCUUCUGAUGGAUUGCAGCUACUACUUGUGGGAUGAACAGCCACACUAGGUAUAAAAUGAUCCGACCGGACACAUAAGGAGCAAAGUGCCUCUUUUUUAUCAGCAAUAUUUUGUACCCAGCUACUGUGGUUCUGUUAGGCUAAACAGUUUGUGUAGGGAGGUAUUUCACAUGAUAAAGCCUGUGUAAUGCGUUUGUUUUAUAUCUUGUUAUCAUUAUUUGCCGUCUUCAUUCAUUUACUCACAUGCUCGCACAUACUGUUCGAAAUUAUGCGGUGUGGUUUUAAAAUGUAGCAUCUCUUUGACAGGACUUCGCAAUUGGGUUUUUUAUUAUAUUUUUACAUUUCUCUCACUGUAUCAUAUCAUAAGGAAGCGUUCUAGAUAAAUUAAUGCUUAAUGCUAUUUAAUUUCCAUUAUUUAUUGUUUUUUUAGCAGGCUUUAGUGCCUUUUCAAUUAGCAAUACACUAUAAUUGGAAAUCAAGCGGUCACGUUAAGUGCAUAAUGGAGUUGUGCUUUUCCCAUGGCAGCCUUCUUGGCUAUAACCUGUUUAAUAAAAUAUAUAUGUAUUUGUCUCCCCGCUGGCUGCUCUUUUAUAAAGCCUCCAAUUUCUGCACUUUUAACAGAUUAAUUGGAUGCCGUAGACUAAUAAAGAUUAUUUUCUCAGCA